CCCCCGCCCCGACCGCGCCGACCGCCCCCGCCGCCGCCGCUGCUCCUGCUGCCGCUGCCGCUCCGCCGGUUCGCGGCGCGCCCGCCCGCCCGCCUCUGGCCGCGGCGCUACCGUCCGCCCGCCGCGCCGGAGCCCGCGGCGCGCCGCCCAUGCGAGACCCCCGCGGCCCAGGCAGCGCGCAGCGACCCCCGGCCGGGCCAGGCAUGUGAAGAUGUCAGUGGGCUGUGCAUGCCCUGGCUGUUCCUCUAAGUCGUUCAAGCUGUACUCGCCAAAGGAGCCCCCGAACGGCAACGCCUUCCCCCCCUUCCACCCAGGCACCAUGCUGGAUCGAGAUGUGGGACCUACUCCUAUGUACCCACCGACGUACCUGGAGCCUGGAAUCGGGAGGCACACGCCGUACGGGAACCAGACCGACUACAGGAUAUUUGAGCUCAACAAGCGGCUGCAGAACUGGACAGAGGAAUGUGACAAUCUGUGGUGGGAUGCCUUCACCACAGAGUUCUUUGAGGAUGACGCCAUGCUAACAAUCACUUUCUGCUUGGAGGAUGGACCAAAGAGAUACACAAUUGGCCGGACUCUGAUUCCCCGUUACUUCCGCAGCAUCUUUGAAGGGGGAGCCACAGAGCUUUACUACGUGCUCAAGCACCCCAAGGAGUCCUUCCACAACAACUUCGUCUCACUGGAUUGUGAUCAGUGCACCAUGGUCACCCAGCACGGCAAGCCCAUGUUCACCCAGGUGUGUGUGGAGGGACGGCUUUACCUGGAGUUCAUGUUUGAUGACAUGAUGAGGAUAAAGACAUGGCAUUUCAGCAUCCGCCAGCAUCGAGAACUUAUUCCCCGCAGCAUCCUUGCCAUGCAUGCACAAGAUCCCCAGAUGCUGGACCAGUUAUCCAAGAACAUCACACGCUGUGGGCUCUCAAACUCCACACUCAACUACCUCCGACUCUGUGUAAUCCUAGAACCAAUGCAGGAGCUCAUGUCACGGCACAAGACCUACAGCCUCAGUCCCCGGGACUGCCUCAAGACUUGCCUCUUCCAGAAGUGGCAGCGGAUGGUCGCUCCGCCCGCCGAGCCAGCACGGCAGCAGCCCAGCAAGCGCCGGAAAAGGAAGAUGUCGGGGGGCAGCACCAUGAGCUCCGGUGGGGGAAACACCAACAACAGCAACAGCAAGAAGAAGAGCCCAGCCAGCACCUUUGCCCUGUCCAGUCAGGUACCUGAUGUGAUGGUGGUAGGCGAGCCCACGCUGAUGGGGGGGGAGUUUGGGGACGAGGACGAGCGGCUCAUCACCCGGCUGGAGAACACGCAGUUUGACGCCGCCAACGGCAUCGACGACGAGGACAGCUUCAACAACUCGCCGGCGCUGGGGGCCAACAGCCCCUGGAACAGCAAACCACCCUCCAGCCAGGAGAGCAAGUCAGAGAACCCCACGUCGCAGGCGUCGCAGUAACGGCCCCCUGCCGCCCCGUGGACUCAGUCCCAACCAAUCUACCUGUACAUUUGCAAUGGAGAGUGACUGGGAAGCGGCGAGGUACCGGGGGCGGAUCCGCGCCACGUGGAUGAUGGGGUGCACGGCCCGGGGUGCACGCCAGGCAGGCAGCCCCCAGCCGUCACCCCCGCCGCCUCCCCGCACCCCACGCCUGCCUCCCUGACGGACCCCAGGGCAGGGGUGGGUUUCCGGGGCCAUAGCUUCAUUAUUCCCCCUUCGUUCUUCUUUUCUGCUUCUUGCCCAGAGAGCUUCUCAUCCCUGUCCCAACAUGCCCAACCCCUUCCUGCCGAGUGAGGGGGAAUUAGUGGGGAGGUGUUGGCAGCGGUUACCAGAUGCCAUGUGUUGGGGUCUGGCACAGCACAGAGACCCUCCUCUUCCCUGGGUCCUGUGGCUGGUGUUUGCUGAGCAGCCACUUGCAGUGGGGUUGCACAUCCCUAGUCCAACCUGGGGCUGGUUGGGAGGGGCAGUGAUGGAAAGCCUUCCCUGUGCCUCAGGCUCUGCCACAAAGCUUCCUCUGGCCAGGGUCAGAUCCUGCAGUGCUGGGAUGGUGUUGAAGAUAGGGCCCCGUCGCAUUUUCCCACUCUCCUGCACCUUCCCCUUCCCCUCGCUCCCCGGAGCGAGAGUGCAGCACAGCCAUGGGGGGACUCUUGUAUAUAGGAAGUGCGUGGCGGGGGGCUGGGGAGGCACGGAGGACCCGCAGCUCUGCCGGAGCAGCCGGUGCCCUUGUUCCCUGCCUGCAGCCUCUGUGUUUCCCUCCACCCUGCGUGAGUCUGCCUGGGGCCCCUUUGCAACCCCUGGCUCCCGGUACCUCCUACUUUUGUCUUUUUUUAAGAAAAAA